AUGGUUGCCCAAGGACUCGAUAAGCGUCCAUUGAAAGAGUUGGUGUCUGAGAUCUCUAGUCGCAAGUUCAAUUGCGUUCGAUUGACUUGGUCUGUUCAUAUGUUUACUCGUUAUGCAUAUGAGUGUGUUGGUGAUGUUUUAGAUGGUCUAGAUAUUGCUGAUGUCAAGAGUGGAGUUGCAAAGCACAACCCUGAGAUAUUGAAAAUGACUGUUGCUAAGGCGUUUCAAACCGUUAUUAAUUGUUUGGGCUCGGAAGGCAUCAUGGUUAUUUUAGAUAACCAUAUUAGUCAGCCGAGAUGGUGCUGCUCUCUCGAUGAUGGCAAUGGUUUCUUUGGAGAUCGCAAUUUCAACCCUAAUGAAUGGUUUCAAGGCUUGUCAUUUGUUGCUGCGCAAUUCACUUGUAAUCCACAUGUGGUAGGAAUGAGUCUAAGAAACGAGCUUCGAGGGCCAUUUACAAACAAUGAUGCUUGGUGCUAUUACAUGAGAAGAGGAAGCCAACUAAUCCACAGAAUAAACCAAAAUCUUCUCAUAAUCAUUUCUGGAUUAAACUAUGGCAAUGAUUUAAGUCAACUAAAGAAAAGGCCAUUAGGCUAUACCUUUCAGAACAAAGUAGUGUUGGAAGCACAUCUCUACUCGUUUAGUGGAGAUAACGAAAGCAAAUUUGUGAAGAAGCCAUUAAACAUAAUAUGCAACGAAAUCAUGGAGAAGUUUGAACGGGAAGCUGGGUUCGUGGUGGACAUGAAGAAUCCAUAUCCUUUGUUCAUUAGUGAAUUUGGGUAUGAUCAA